AUGGCCGACCGUGACCUCCUUCCAGACAAUGUGAAGCCCAUUCACUACCGUGUCUCGCUUUUUUCCCUCGAUUUUAUGGACUGGACUUAUCGGGGAACAGUGAUAAUCGAUGUCCAAAUUGUCAAAUGCACCAGCCAGAUCACGCUCAACAGUUUCCAGCUCAGGCUGUCCCAUGCGAAGAUCGUCUUGGAUCAGACAAAGCCUCCUCGAGAUAUAGAAUCCACAACUUUCACAUAUGAUGAGCCAGCUCAGCGCGUCACUAUUAUCUUCAACCAGGAGCUGCCCGUUUCCCAGAUGGCAGCUAUAAGCAUCGAGUUUGAAGGGGUCAUAAACAACGAAAUGGCCGGCUUUUACCGCAGUAAAUAUAAACCAGCUGUGACACCUGUCAAGUCGGUUCCUCACCGUGAUGCAUGGUACUACAUGCUCAGCACCCAGUUUGAGCCGUGCGAUGCCCGCCGUGCCUUUCCAUGCUUUGACGAGCCCAACCUUAAGGCAAGCUUUGACUUUGAGAUUGAGGUCCCCGUCGACCAAAGUGCCCUCAGCAACAUGCCUGUCAAGAACACUAGGCUCACCAAGGAUGGGUGGAACCGGGUCAGAUUUGAGACAACCCCUGUGAUGAGCACUUACCUGCUCGCUUGGGCAGUGGGCGACUUUGAGUACGUUCAGGCUCAUACCGACCGGUUCUAUAACGGCAGGCAGCUUCCGGUGCGCGUCUAUACUACCCGUGGCCUCAAGGAUCAAGGCCACUGGGCUCUUCAGCACGCCACCAGGUUCAUCGAUUUUUUCUCCGAAAUCUUCGACCUGGACUACCCACUUCCCAAGGCCGAUUUGCUUGCCGUCCAUGAAUUCAGCCACGGUGCCACCGAGAACUGGGGCCUUUCCGCCUACCGCACCACUCAGCUUCUCUUUGAUGAGAGGUCUUCUGAUAGCCGUUAUAGGAGGUCGGUUGCCUACGUGGUUGCCCACGAGCUGGCUCAUCAGUGGUUCGGCAACCUGGUUACCAUGGACUGGUGGGAUGAGCUAUGGCUAAACGAGGGGUUCGCCACUUGGAUCGGGUGGUAUGCUGUUGACUACCUGCACCCUGAAUGGCAGGUUUGGGUCCAGUUUAUCAAUCAGGGCCUGGAUUCUGCCUUCCAUCUUGACGGUAUCCGUGCCAGUCAUCCUAUCCACGUCCCCAUCCGCGAUGCACUAGACAUUCAUCAAGUCUUUGACUCCAUCAGCUACCUCAAGGGAUGUGCCUUAAUUAGAAUGCUGGCUAGCCAUCUCGGCGUCGGGACUUUCCUGAAGGGUGUCUCAACCUACCUCAGGACCCAUGCUUACACCAACGCCAAAACCGAGGCACUGUGGACUGCCCUGACCCAGGCUUCUGGAGAGGAUGUGCAUACUCUCAUGGGUCCUUGGAUCUCCAACGUUGGCUACCCUGUGCUGUCAGUUGCUGAGGUAGCUGAUACAAUCUCCUUAAAGCAAUCACGAUUCCUGUCAACCGGUGAUGUCAGGUCCGAUGAUGACACCACCAUCUGGUGGGUGCCUCUGGCGCUCAGGCGCCAAACGGCACAGUGCGAUGUGGCAGGCCUAUCGUUGACGCAAAAGGACGACACCAUUCACAAGAUUGACGAUGAAUUUUAUAUCCUCAACAGUGGCGCGAUCGGGUUUUAUCGUGUCAACUACCCUCCCUCUCGCUUAGCCAGUUUCAGCACUCAGCUUGACAAGCUGAGCAUCGAGGAUAAGAUUUUCAUAAUCGGAUCCGCCGCUGACCUUGCAUUUUCCGGCGAGGGCACAACGGCUGCACUCCUGACCUUCCUCGAGGGCUUUGGCGACGAGAGACACCCACUAGUUUGGACCCAGAUUCUCGACUCUCUUUCUCGAGUCAAAGCCAUUUUCUCCGACGACGAGGAGAUUAAAAGGGGUCUUGAGAGCUAUGUCCUCCGACUCAUUGACAAAAGGGUCAAUGAAAUUGGCUGGGAGUUCGUCGAGGGCGAGGAUUACCUCAUUGGGAUCUUGCGAAGGGAGUUAAUUAACAUCGCUGCCGCCAGUGGCCAUAGUUCGUUAGUAUUACUCUCUAUCUCUCUCUCUCUCUCUCUUUCGCUCGGAUCUUCCAUUGAUGCGUCGCUAACCGGGUCUUUCAGUGUCGUGAAUGAGGCUAACAAGCGCUUCAAAUUGUGGGCUCAGGAUCCUGUGGCCAACCCGAUUCAUCCCUCGCUAAGGAUUCCUAUCUGGUGCAACGCCAUCCGCCAGGACCCGGUUCGAGCCGUCGAGAUUCUCAAGGAGGAGUGGUUCAUGACCAACUCUAUUGACGGGAAACCAAUCUGCCUCCAGGCCCUGUCGGUGACCGAAGACGAAGAUCUUCUGCGAGAAUCCAUUGUCCCGUUCAACUUUAACUCUACCCCGGAUCACGCGGUGCCGGCUGCUGACAUGCGUAUCCUCGGCAUAGGGUUGGCGGCAAACCCGGUCGGCCGUGUGGUCCAGUGGGAGUAUAUGAAGCAAAACUGGGACGCCUGCCUAUCGAAAAUGGGCAAUCCCAUUAUUGUCGACCGUUUUAUCCGUGUCAGCUUAGCCGGAUUCACGGACGAAUGUGUCCUUGACGACAUUGGCUCGUUUUUCAAGGACCAGGAUACUCGUUGCUUUAACCGGACACUCGCCACGGUCAAUGAUCACAUUCGCGGCCGGGCAACGUAUAGAAAGCGUGACUCUGCCCCCAUCAAGGAUUGGCUGGGGGUUAAUGGAUAUCUGUGA